AUGCACAGUCGUGAGCCCUCCGCGGUUCGUGGACGACCCGCUGACCUUUCCGCCCUGGUCCCAACCCUCCAAGCCCGCCGCGGCCACUCCGGUUCCAAAAGCCCCGACGUUUCAGCUGCCCAACCUGCAGGAUACGACGUGGGAUUGGAAAGACGACCAUCCAACUCCUACGGCCACCACCGCCAGACCUCCAUCGUCCAUGGCAUGCAACAUUCGCGCAAUCCGAGCAUGGCCGGUUCAACUGCUUCCACAAACCCACUCAGCCCGGAGUUGAUUGCGUCUCUUGGUCGCGGGGGAUUCGACGAGGCCGGUGUGCCUAACAAGCUGGAUCAGUUGGAUACUCAUUCGACAUAUCAGAGCCCCGGGAUUGCGGCCGGUCACGGAGUGCCGGGGACACUGAGUACCAUUCAGGACGAUGCUGACGACACGAUGGAUGGAAGUCCUGCAAGUGUGGUACAUACGCGGAUGAACUCGGGGGGCACGAUAGGGAGACGGGAUCGAUCGCAUAGUCGCUCACACUCGAAGCAUCACUCGGAAUCGAAGACGGUGGGGGAGUAUGCGCUGCAUCAUCUAUUCAACUCGUUCGUUGGCAAGGCAGAGAGUAAGAUCAAUCAGGCCAUCUUGAAGUUAGGGGAAUCGGACGCACCCGUGGAGGAAGUAUGCGGACCUGGCGCGGACCCCAAUUUCGAUCAGUUGAUCUCGGCCUUGGGACAUAUCGCGAGGCAGAAGCCGAAGCCUUUGAUCGAUACCAUUAUGCUAUGGCGGAAGAGUAAGGGUGAUGCUGCUAUCACUGCGAGACAAAUGACGAAUGAGCUGCCCAAGCCGACGAUGGCAGAAAAUGGAGUGCUCAUGCGUCGCAACACUGAACCUACACAAGUACCUGGCGACCCUGCCUCAGCAGAUCGCCCUCAACCCCCAACGCCUUUCCUUAGCCGGCAUGACGAUGUCGCGCUGGUCGAACGCCGUGCCACAGUCUCUGUGUACCUCGUCUGCAGAGUCUUGAUUGAGAUCUUCAAUCAGAGUAGCCUCGCAUCAAUCACUCUGGAUAUGGCAGAUCGUCUAGAAGACAUCGUCUUCGGUCAGAUCAAGACUGUCGACCCCGAUCAAAUAUCCGCAUCCCCACUUCGCAUGGCAAACUGGAGGAUAUAUGGCCAGCUGCUCGGAAUCAUGAGUGAACUCAACUUCGCGAGUGUGGCCAACCGUUUCCUGACAGAGCUUGACAAGUAUCAGAAGGAUGAAGUGGCUCGUGGUCCCUCACGCGAUGGCGAUGCAAAAGCCGAGCUGUUGAUUCUCGGAAUGAGAAACCUGCGUCUACCCACGUCCGCUGAAGGCUGGCCCAAGUCUUGCGAUUUCAUGCGAUCGGUGGCACGCUUGUUCGUGAACGCACAUGGGCAGAAAAUCAAGCAGGCCUACUGCUACGUAAUUGAGAAGCUUCUGCUUCCAGUGGCAGCCAACCCGAUAGCUGAUCUUUCAUUGCCACGGUGGAAGGAGUUUUUGGACCUCGUCCAGCCGCGUCUAGCGCAACUGCUCACUAAGCCUCGGCAUUGGGCUGCCGCAUUCUCCUUGAAUGUGUUGCUGCUGUGCAUCUCUACCAAGGAGACAUUCGCUUCCCAAUGGCUGUCGAUGAUUUCCAGUUUGCCCGCACGCCUCAAGGAUCGUCCCACGCGCGCGCCGGCUUUGCAUGCUAUUUGCCGUCUUGUGUGGACAUAUUUCUUCCGUUAUUCCGACUCCCCUACGACGACCCUUCGUAAGGUGGAGGAGGUGGCCAAGAUUGCCCUGCCCACUGGCAAGAGGACUUAUCUCAGCGCAGAGCCGGCCUUUGCGGACCCCCUCAUCCAAUUGAUUCGAAUGAUUGGAUUCAAGCAUCCUGACGUCUGUUUCCGGAGCAUCAUAUUCCCCCUAAUCAACUCGGAUUUGUUUCUGUCUGGCCGGGAAUUAAAGAUUGAACAAAUGGAGCCGGAGAAGAUGGUUCUUGGCAUUCGUUCCUUCUUGGCCACCAUGUCUGAUCUUGAAACGAGUGAUCAGCUUUGCCCUCCCUUCCCGACGGGUUCACUUCCGAACCCUUUCAUGGAUAAUUCAACACCUGCCUACUUCCAUCGCUCCCAAUUGCUCACUGAGCCCAAAGUUGGCCCUGCUGCUCAAAAGCCCGAACCUUCAUCACCAUGCCCGGUGAAUAUUUCUAGACUGAGCGAGAACGUCAAAGAGUACUACCUUCGCUUCUGCGAGGUUCUUGGGAAGAUUACAAUCCUUUGCGACAAUACCUUUGGCGGACAAGCCGUUUUGGACGAAAAGUUUGGUGGCAGCACGCCCAAAACCCCCAUCACCGAAGCAUUCGGCUUUGGCCGACGUGAUGACCAUUUGAGCACAGUGGAUCAAAAGCAAGGCUUUUACGACCUGCUUCACGUAGCUGUGCAAGCUCUACCCCGCUGCCUCUCCGAUCACAUCCCGUUUAAUUCUCUCAUCAACCUUCUUUGCACUGGGACUGCACAUGUUCAGUCCAACAUUGCCAUGUCUUCGGCAGAAUCGCUCAAAGCGAUUGCCAGACAGUCACAUGCCCAGCAGGUGACCAUUGGCUUUGCGCGAUUUAUUUUCAACUUUGAUGCGCGGUACUCAACCAUGUCCGAUGAGGGCAUGCUCGGACCGGGCCAUAUUGAGUCUACAUUGAGGCUGUAUGUGGAGUUGCUCUGCAUUUGGAUUGACGAAAUUAAACAGAAGACCAAGGAAGCUUCGUCUGACCAGCUGGAGAAGUCUAUCUCUGGGAGCCGGGCUCUGCACCUUGAUCUGUCGAGUGUUCUCGCUCACGUCGAGGAAAUCGAGUCCCACGGGCUGUUCUUCUUGUGUUCACAAUCUCGACGUGUCCGUGCCUUUGCUAUCAAUGUCCUGCGGUUGAUCACCGAAUUUGACAGCGCGCUGGGCAAGGAGAACACGCGGAUCAUUAGAAUUUUAGAGGCCGAUUCUCAACAGAUCCUCGAUCUGAAUGAUGAGCAGCUUACUGUCGCCGAGCGGAGUCGCAUCCAAAAGGGCAAACGGCGGAGUGCCUCUCAGAACACCCUCAUUGAGCUCUGCAGCAGUGAGGUUUCCUACGAUUCGACUUUGUGGGCCAAGGUUUUCCCGAACAUUAUUCGGGUUAGCUUCGAGACUUGUCCAUUUGCUGUGACACUGGGACGAGAGAUUGUCUGUGCACGUCUUGUCCGUAUGCAUAAGAUGAUCACCUCACUGGCGGAGCGAACAAGACAUCCGCAGUACUCCCCCGUAGAUGUUUACCAUAGUCGUCCUUUGGCGCGGAGCAAUAUGACGGCGGAGAUUUUGGUUGAGCAGUGGAAGCUGUACCUCGUCAUGGCCUGCACGACGGUUACUAGUGUCGGUGCCCAGUCUCAGAGCCAGCUGGCGAAUGCUCAGCAUGCGCGGAAAGCUUCCAAAGGAGCACAGUCUUCCGAUAAGAUCAGCUCGGCUCGAAGCCUGUUUGCGUUUGUGAUACCUCUUCUGUCUGCAGAGCGAGACUCCAUCCGCAAUGCCAUCGUGGUCGCCCUUGGUGCGAUUCAUAAGAACCUGUAUCGGACUCUUUUGGAAUCUCUGCAGUACGCUGUCACUACCUGCAACGAAGAGGCGAAGAUCCGUAUCGGCACACAUCAUCGCACUCCUAGUAGUUCUCAACGAAAUCGAAAUACGGACCGCUUGCGCACCGAAGUCACGCACGUCUACAAACUAACAUCGCACUUCUUGCGUGAGCCAGAGGUCUACAAUGACGACUGGAUCGUCAACAACAUCAUCACCUACGCCAAGGACCUUCGUAUCUUCUUAAGCGAUGCCGAGGUUCAAAACGACUGGGAAUUCCAGCGUCUGCGUUUCCACUACUGUGGCUUGAUGGAAGAGCUCUUCGAAGGUGUCAAUCGCACGAAAGACCCAUCUCGAUGGAUGCCGUUCGAGUCCAGAAAAUCUGCGUUCUCGCUGAUGGAGGAUUGGUGUGGAUAUUCACCCAAUCAAGCGCAGAUUACCGAGAGAGAAGAGCAUAUGCGCAAGUUUGCUGCGGCACAGCCGCAUGAAGGUGGCGAGAUGCGGAACGCUGCUGCUGCGAUGGAAAUUGAGAAGAAGAAUCUUCGUGCUGCGGCGUUGAGUGCCAUGGCCUCUCUUUGUGCUGGACCCAUUAGCAUUACGACGGAGAGUGGAUCUGUACUUCAGUUCGACGUGGGUCGCAUGCUAUCGUGGAUUGACAUUAUUUUCAAUACAGUCAGCGACAAGUGGCAUUCCAUUGGACGCCGCGCGCUGAAGAACCUGAUCAUUCACAAUAAGGAACACUCAUAUCUGAUGGAGCGGUCCAUUGAGAUGUGUUAUGUGGCCGAGCGCCCCAAGGCACUUGAGAGUUAUUUCGAAGUGUCGACCGAGGUUCUCAUUGAGCAUCCAGAUUACCCACUAGAGUUCUGGAGGAUCCUGGGCGCCGUGCUGGUCACUCUUGGCAGUCAGAAGCGGGAGAUUCGGAUGAAGUCUGCCAAACUCCUCCGGCGACUCGAGGAGCGACAACAGAAAAGUUCUCGUCUCCAGGACUUUGACAUUAGCAUUUCGGACAAGACUACCGCGGUGUAUAAGUUGGCGCAGUUCGAAACAUCCAAACGACUCGCCAUCCAGCAUUCCGAUCUGGCAUUUACGCUGUUCUCUGAGUUCUCGCUACACUUCCGAAAUCUGCGUUCUGAUAGUCAGCGAAAUAUGGUUGCCGCUAUUUUACCUUGGGUGCAGGCCAUGGAGCUGCAGGUCGAUCCCAAUGGUGGUCCGACCGCUUCAUCGUAUAUGCUGCUUGCCAAUCUCUUUGAGAUCACCAUUCGCUGUAGCACCACCUUACCAAACCAGGUACAAGCCAUGUGGCAAGCCCUGGCCACGGGUCCCCACGGCGGCAAUGUCCAGCUCGUCCUCGAUUUCAUCAUUAACCUGUGCUUGGAGCGCAAGGAGCAGAAUUUCGUGGAAUAUGCCAAGCAGGUCGUCGUCUUCCUCGCUGCCACCCCAGCGGGGUCCAAGGUCAUUGAGUUCUUCCUUCUAAUGGUUAUUCCCAAGAACAUGGUACAGGAACGCAAAGACCUCACUCCCCAACCUCCAGAUGUCAAAACUCUGCCCUAUGUUGCGGACUUGGGUACAGUGCUGCCGGUGGGCAACAAACAGGCUGGUCUUUCUCUUGGACAGGUUGCCCUCAUCUUCCUUGUUGACCUUAUGGUUGCUCCCGUUACUCUCGCGAUGGAAGAUGUGAUCAAGCUGCUCCACGUGGUGCUCAUUCUGUGGGAUCACUACACUGUCACUGUGCAGGAACAGGCUCGAGAGAUGCUGGUUCACCUAAUUCACGAGCUUGUUGCUGCCAAACUGGCGGAUGACGCCCCUGCGGAACAUCGCCAAGCCGUGGAGGAUUUCGUCGAGUUAAUCCGUCAGAGUGACAGUGCCGUCGUCUGGGAAUACGAAGAGAAUCAAGGCAAGGACGAAGACGCAGAUGAUCGCCGUGUACCCACCGCCAUGGCGACCGUGACGCGCGAGGUGGUCAAGUUCUUCAGUUUCGAGAAUGAAGGCGUGGGUGAUCUGUGGGCCAAGGAGGCGCUCAACUGGGCGACCUCUUGCCCCGUGCGGCAUCUGGCCUGCCGCUCGUUCCAGGUGUUCCGGUGCAUCUCGACAUCGCUGGAUUCGCGGAUGUUGGCCGACAUGCUGGCUCGACUGUCGAAUACCAUUGCUGAUGAGGAAGAGGAUUACCAGACCUUCUCUAUGGAGAUCCUCACCACUCUGAAGAUUAUCAUCAGCUCAUUGGCCCCAACGGAUCUCUUGCAUUACCCCCAACUGUUCUGGACGACUUGUGCCUGCCUCAAUACAAUACACGAGAGCGAGUUCAUCGAGAGUCUAGGCAUGUUGGAGAAGAUUCUUGAUCGGAUUGACCUUAGCGAUCCCCUUGCUGUGACGCAGCUCUUGGAGGGCCAGCCACCGAAGUGGGAGGGUGGAUUUGACGGUCUUCAGGACCUAGUCUUCAAGGGACUCAAGUCAUCUGAGUCGUUUAAUCGUACUUUGGAUGUCCUCCAUAGCUUGAGCGGGCUUCCAAACAACGAGCUCAUUGGAGACGGUACUCGACAUCUGUUCUCUAUCCUGGCGAAUCUUCCCUUCUUCCUUCAAAGCUUUGAUCAAGGAUUCACAGAUCAAAAACCAGUCAUGCAUGCCAGCCUCCUUGCUCGUGUCGCUGAGAAUGAGCGUUGUCCCCGGCUUGCCGCCUCGUUGUUUGGAUUCGCCAACCAACAGUACAAGACCGAAGGUGUCUUCCUAGACCACAUUAUCACGGAGAUCAAGUCGUACUACUUCCCGCAGCUUGAUUUCCAGUGCUUGAUCUUCCUCAUGGGUCUUCUCACCAACACGACUGAUUGGUUCCGUAUCAAGACGAUGAAGAUUCUCUGUGUUUUGAUUCCUGAGGUAGACAUGCGUCGGAACGAGGUGACAUGCCAUGGCCCUGAUCUCAUUUCUCCCUUGCUCCGUCUUCUCCAGACCAACCUGUGUCCACAGGCACUUGGGGUUCUGGACAAUAUCAUGACCGUCUCUGGCAACCCAAUGGAGCGGCAUCAUCUUCGCAUGAGCAUGGCGUCGGCCGUUUCAUCUCGGGCCAUUCGCAAGGAAUAUGAACGUAUCCAGAGUCUCUACGGCAUUCCUGAGGAGACUGGAUGGUCCGUUCCUAUGCCGGCGACACAGUCAAGCAUGACUCGCAACAAUGUACAUGCUGUGUUCUACACAUGUGCUGAUGCGGACAACAUGAAUGUGGAGGAUACCAUGAACCCUGAUGUCGAGUUCUGGGCAGAUGAGUUCAAGGACACGUUCUUCCCGAUGAGGGCGGAUACCAUGAAAUCCAUUGAUACGCAGACUGACGGGAACAUGGGUGAUAUUGUUCAGAAACUCGACAGCCUGGAUGACUUUUUCGAGGAGACAGAGUCUAGCGUACCGUCUCUCAAUCAAGUGGCUCCACCAAUGCUGCGUGGGUUCACAGGGAGCUAUGUCGAUACCAAUGCUCACCUGUACGACCAACAAACAGCACCCAUCCUGCGAAAGUCGCUUGCACGAACAGGUUCCACGUCAUCCUUCCACAACGGCCUGGCCGAAUCUCGCCCUGCCAAUUUCCGGUUCGAUGGUCCUGGCAUGCACUCACCAGCCAACCUGCCACCUCACAGCUCACAGACUCUCCGUCCUGCCUCGCAUACUCGCUCAGUGACCUCGCCUGCAAACAAUCUCUACAUCCACACCCAACAGCCAAUACCACAUGGCACACCGCCAGUGGCCCUGCACGAGUCAGCAUUCCUGUCGGACGAUGAAAUUGAAGACGCAUAUUCCGACCUCGAUGACCGCUCCCAUACCAAACGAGGGCUUCACCCCCCGAUGCCACCACCCAUGGUGCGCAGCGCUACGGACGGCUCUCACUCCCUCGAGUCCAUGAUCCGCAGUGGUAUGCGCCGGCUCACCGGCGGUGCAGCAAACAAUCGCGAAAAGGAGCGACAGCGUGAUCAUCUCCGCGCCCAGCACCGCGCCAUGGUACAGACAGCGAACUCACCCCGCGUACCCAAGGUUCCGGAGGAGUAUCUCGCAGGCCCAACCAGCCAUCCUACAUCGCCGAGGUCAUAG